CCGAUUUCUUCAUUGAACGGUGCAUCGCGUAAGAAAGAUGCAAACGUGAAAAUCAACACCGCCAAAUCGUUUUUCGUGUGGUUUUCGUAUUUAUGAGAUGAUACAUGUAUGAUAUAUAGAGAGUGGUAGUCAUGGUGAUAGCUAUAGGGUUCGAGGGCAGUGCUAACAAGCUAGGUAUUGGUAUAAUAAGAGAUGGAGAAGUGUUGUCUAACCCGAGAGAUACUUACAUCACACCACCUGGACAAGGGUUUUUACCACGAGAUACUGCUAAGCACCAUCAAGCUGUGGCACUAGAAGUUUUACAUAAAGCACUGAAGGAGGCUUGUCUUAAACCACAAGAUAUUGAUGUUAUAUGUUACACAAAAGGGCCAGGUAUGGGAGCACCGUUGGUUUCAACAGCUCUUGUCGCUCGUACUGUUGCCCAGUUGUGGAAUAAACCAAUAGUAGCUGUAAAUCAUUGUAUUGGACAUAUAGAAAUGGGACGCUUAGUGACAGGAGCAGAGAACCCAACAGUUUUGUAUGUUAGUGGUGGUAAUACACAGGUGAUAGCAUAUUUACAGAAAAGAUAUAGAAUAUUUGGAGAGACAAUUGAUAUAGCAGUUGGUAACUGUCUUGAUAGAUUUGCUAGAGUAUUAAAGUUAUCCAAUGAUCCAAGUCCAGGUUAUAAUAUUGAACAGUUGGCUAAAAAAGGUAAAAAGUUCCUUGAGUUACCAUACGCUGUAAAAGGAAUGGAUGUAUCUUUCUCAGGGUUACUAUCAUAUAUUGAGGAAAAGGCUGUUGGUCUUAUUGAAUCCGGUGAAUAUACACCAGAAGAUUUAUGUUUCUCACUACAAGAGACAGUGUUUGCUAUGUUGAUAGAGAUUACAGAGCGAGCAAUGGCACAUUGUGGUUCACAGGAAGUCCUCAUUGUUGGAGGUGUAGGAUGUAAUGAGAGGUUACAAGAGAUGAUGUAUAUUAUGGCAAAAGAGAGAGGAGCUCAUUUAUAUGCCACAGAUGAAAGAUUUUGUAUAGAUAAUGGAGCUAUGAUCGCACAAGCUGGUUAUUUGAUGUAUAAGUCAGGACAGACAACCUCACUGGCAGAAACAUCAUGUACACAAAGGUUUAGAACAGAUGAGGUGGAGGUAACAUGGCGGGACUGAGAUAUGGGGCAGACCGUGAGCUGAGCUCUUGAACUAAUAGUCAGCUCUUUGACUCAAAGUGAGCUCUUGGACUAAUAAUGACCUCGUGAACUAACAGAAAUCACUGUGACUAACAGAAAGCUCUGUAACUAACAGAAGGCUCCAUGGAAAAUGACCGGAUAUAAUUCAGUGUAACAGAAUGAGCAGUAUGUGACAGUGUUGAUAAAGACAGCAUCCAAGACAAAUAUAAAUGAUAAUCUGAUACAUUGUAAUAUGUCAUUUACAACUGCAUUACUCGUAUCUUGCUAAAUAAAUCAAUUUGUAUAUA